AGUCAACUCUCCUCUCCCGCCCUUCCCUCCUCUUCCCAGCAUCGUGUGCUCCACUCGCUGUCUGAUACUCCACACCACUAGCGUACCAAAAGUUUCCCUGCCAGUAAAACUCACAAGGUAGGCGAGAUACCUCACACCAGGAACGAAGGACUGACGUACUGUUACCUGCCGUGAGGAGAGUGGCCCGAGGAGUCUGUGUCAGGUGAGAGGAGGAAGGAUGCAAGAAGAGGAAGACCCAAAGGAGUACCGCUGGGAGAGCGGCUACGAGAAAACAUGGCAAACAAUACAGGAAGACGAAUCUGGCCGUCUGGAGCCAUCAGUGACAGAGAUAAUCCAACGGACAAAGCGACGCAAGUUGCUGGACAGAGAGGCGAGUGUGCGCCUUGGAAUCAUGAGGCACGUGUACAUCAUCCUGGACUACUCACAGGCCAUGACAGAGCAAGACCUCAAACCUACACGCCAGAUCUGCACAUUAAAGAUUCUAGAGGACUUCAUCAAGGAGUUUCAUGACCAGAACCCAAUCAGCCAGCUAGGCAUUAUCACAACUCAAAAUAAGGUUGCCAAGAGGAACAGUGAUCUCAGCAAUAAUCCUCAACGCCACCUUGACUGUAUCAAGAAAUUACAAGAUGUUCCUUGUCGUGGAGAGCCAUCACUACAGAAUGCCCUGGAAGUGGCCCUUUCCUCUCUACGACAUCUUCCUCCUCAUACGUCAAGAGAGAUCCUGAUUAUCUAUGCAGCCCUGACAACCUGUGACCCAGGAGAAAUUAUUGCCACCUUACAAAAAGUACAAGAAGCUAACAUUCGGGUGUCAGUGGUGGGCCUGGCUGCAGAGCUCCAUGUGUGUAAGGAUAUCACUAAGAACACUGGCGGGUCCUUCUCUGUGUCCAUCAAUGACCUCCACCUUAAGGAACUCAUUAAUGAACACCUGGAACCUCCCCCAGCCUCCACUAAGAUGGACCACACCCUCAUCAAAGUUGGCUUCCCACACCAGAUUAAUGCUGACGCCAAGCCUGCCCUCUGCAUGUGCCACUUGGAUGACCUCCCGCCACUCAACACUCGUGGUUACUACUGUCCUCAGUGCACUGCCAAGUACUGUGACCUGCCAGCUGAGUGUCGUGUGUGUGGCCUCAUGUUGGUCACUGCGCCACAUCUUGCUCGCUCUUACAGGCACCUAUUCCCCCUGAAACAUUUUAAUGAAAUACUAGCAGAGGAGAGUUCUGCCAAGGAGUGUUAUGGAUGCCAAAAGCAAUUCACUGCAACUGCUGCUGAUAAAAAUGUAUAUGUGUGCAGGACAUGCCAGCAAGUGUUCUGUUUUAACUGUGACAUCUUCCUGCAUGAGACAGUCCACUCAUGUCCAGGCUGUGCCUCAAACCCAACCAUUUCACAGUACACCAACACCUGAGGUUUGCUGUACAUUAUCAUCUACGUGUCUUAAGUCGUAUGUUGCUAAUUUUGUAGCAAUGUUUUGUUAUGUGGUCUGAUGGGUACCACAAAAAUAUUAAAUAUUGUCACAGUUGUGUGCCAAUUACCCUCCACCAGUACCUGCCUCAGAGUAAAAGUAUUCAUGUAAUGUGAUUGUAAGUUAACUAAGUAAAAUAGUAAUUAAUUUCUA